GCUGCAGAAGGAGGUGGAGAAGAUGAGGAGUCAGUUCUCAGGGUUCAGACCUGGUCUGCUGGUUCUGCAGGUGGGCGACAGAGACGACUCUAAUCUGUACAUCAGCUCCAAACUGAAGGCUGCAGCCGAGAUCGGAAUCGAUGCGAGACACGUGCGGCUGCCGAACACGGCGACACAAGACGAGGUUCUGCAGAACAUCCGGUCUGCCAACGCCAACGUGUCCAUCCAUGGUCUGAUCGUCCAGCUCCCUCUGGACUCGGUGAACCACAUCGACACGCAACUCAUCACCAACGCCGUCGCUCCAGACAAAGACGUGGACGGUCUGAGCUGUGACAUCAUCCCUACAGGUGACAUAAUUCUCUCCUACAGGUGA